AUGGAAGACGAUCACGAUAAGAGUUGGAUGUACAAUCGUCUAACUGAUAGAAGACAACUAACGAGAGCAUUCAUGGAGGGUUUGGAAACGUUCAUCCAAUUUGCUCUGGAGCAAAUAGGUACAUCAAGUGACGUUAUCAGUUGUCCGUGUGUGAAAUGUAAGUGUUUUAAAUUUCGAACGCCAGACCAAGUCAGGGAGCAUCUGUGUAGAUGGGGCUUUAUGCCGGACUAUGAAUGUUGGCAUAUCCAUGGGGAAAUUCGGCAGGCACAUGCUAUUCGAGGAGGUUAUUAUGGGGAAACUAGUCAGCGACACAACCUCAACGAAUAUGAAGAGUUGGUUAUGGAUGCUGCGGGACCGUCGAUUGGGCAAAAUUUUGAACCCGAUACUCAUGCCGAACCAUCCUACAUGGCAGAGGAUCCUAAUUUGGAAGCGGAAAGGUUUUACAACAUGCUUCAAGAUGCUCAACAUCCAUUAUGGGAAGGUUGUGAACAUAUUCAACAUACUGAACAUACAACGCUAUCAGCAACCCUAGCAACACUACAGUUGAAGAGUGAUCACCUUAUGAGUGAGUCUGCUUACAACGGCUGGAUGCAGCUCAUGCGUCAGGUUGUUCCUAAAGACAAUAAUUUGGCGAAGGAUUUUUACCAAGCAAAGAGAAAGGUCAAAGAGCUUGGGCCAGGAUGCACAAAGAUUCAUUGCUGCCCCAAAGGAUGUAUGCUAUAUUACGGUGAUUACAUUAAGCGCACCAAAUGUGAGUUUUGUAAGCAUGACAGGUACAAAGUUGUGAGGGACGGAAGGAAAACGACACGUGAAGCCUAUAACAAGAUGUGGUACUUUCUUCUUGUGCCUAGACUUAAAAGAUUGUAUGCUUCUGAACAAAUAGCUUGUCACAUGAGAUGGCACCGUGAGCUUUGUAGGGAUGAAAAAUAUGUGACGCAUCCAUCAGAUGCUGAAGCUUGGGUUCAUUUUGAUGAGGCGAAUCCUUCGUUUGCAGCGGAGCCACGUAAUGUGCGUAUUGGUUUAUGUUCGGAUGGGUUUGCUCCUUUCAAUCAGACGGGUAGGAAUUAUUCUUGUUGGCCCGUCAUUGUGACGCCGUAUAAUCUCCCACCUUGGAUGUGCAUGAGAAGAGAGUUCUUGUUUUUAACAGCAUUAAUUCAUGGACCUUCCAAUCCAAAAAAGAAGAUAGAUGUAUACCUCAGGCCUCUGAUAAACGAGUUGAACAUGUUUUGGAGUGCAGGGGUUCUGACAUAUGAUGUAUCGUUGAGGCAGAAUUUCACCAUGCGGGCUGCCUUGAUGUGGACAAUAAAUGAUUUUCCAGCAUAUGGGAUGUUGAGCGGAUGGCAGACAUCGGGGAAGCUUGCAUGUCCGGUAUGUUUGGAACAAAAUAAGGGUUUUAGCUUGCAACACAGUCACAAGGUGUGUUGGUUUGACACUCAUCGAUGA